AUGUCCUCCGGUUUCGUCCCUGGGGGCACUGCAGAUGCGCCAAUCGAGCGAGAUGACGAGUGGAGACAGGCUCAGCGCGAGAUUGAAGAGAAGAGAAGAGAAAAGGAAGAAAUAGGGAAGCAGAACGAGGGCAAAAGUCUCUACGAGGUGCUGCAAGCGAACAAAGACGCCAAACAAGAAGCAUUCGAACAAGCCGCACGCUAUAAACUACACGUCACACUCGACGACGACGAAGCCGACUACCUUGAAGGUAUCCUUGAGGCCAAGCGCAAAGAAGAAGCCAAUGUUAAGAAGGAAACCCGCGAGCAAUUGGAGCUGUUCCGUAGGCAGCAAGAGGAGGCUGAGAGGAAGGCAUUGGAGGACAAUACCGAGGCGCCGAAAGAAGACCAGGUGCAAUGGACAGCGCCAGGGCGGAAACGCAAGAAGGGCCCUGAGUUGAGCCUUCUGAAGGGCGUCAAGCUACGGAAGUCUAGCUCGGCGGCUGAAGAGAAGAAAAGUGUCGAUACGGCUGCUGAAAAGGAAAAGGCGACGGGCGGUGCGCCAAAAGCCACCACAGGAACGUCAACUGCUACAACAAGCACGAAUCCAGCCCCGUCGCCUCCAGUCAAAGCUCCGGCUGCGCUUUCGCUCGGCCUCGGCUACGCUUCUUCAGAUGAAGACGAUUGAUGCCAUGUUGAUAGAAUGU